CCGACGGCUGCCACUGAGCACAGGGUGGUGCGCGGAGGAAAGAGAACAAGGAAAUGCUGCAAUUCCAUCCAUUCGACGUCCCGUCCUGGUGCGUCCCGGCUGCCUUGUGAUGGUGAUGGGACGGCUGCCGGGCGUCGGGUGAAGGAUAAGACAGCCCCGCCACCGUCAUGGAAGAAGGUACGUGUGUGCAACAAACAUAUACGCAGAGGGAGGGGAGGGGAAGAGGAAUCAUCCAACAGUGACUGAUGUUGGUGGAUAUGUGUGGGUGCAGGCGAGGGCGAUGGUGGCGGUGGUGGUCGGUCUGCCCUGCCUGGCAGCGGCACUUAUGGUCUCCCCGACGAACGGGUCAGCCAUCCUCAUUCGACACUCGCCGCAUACACUGCGAAGAUCGCUCUCUCCCCUCUGUGUUGUUGGUGCAGGCACGUGCGGAUGGCGGCGUUAGUAAAGUUCAAGAAGACUUCAAUCGCAUAUCGACACUGUUUGAGAGAGUUCAGUCCAAGGUCACGACAUGACACUGACACUGACACCCAGGCAGGCAGAGAGGCACCGCAGCUUUCAUGUGUGCGUUGGUUUGUUGGUGCCAACAGUGGUCGGCUGAUCCCUCUCGGGCGGCGGAGAAGCUGCUGGACGGCCGAACUGAUGUACAGGUGAGCGUGUGGACGGAUGGCUUACACUGGUCGCGUUGGGGGGCCUAUGUGCCUGUUUGUGUGUGCAGUGUGAGCUGUCGGCCGUGGCGAGCAGUCUGUCGCGCAUAGACGCCCUUUUAGACACAUCUGCAAAGGUACACAGACACACACAUGUGAGUAGAGGGAGGUAGCUGGCGAGACCUAGCGGCAGCGGUGUGGUGUGGUGUCAGGAUGAGUUGGUUGGUGCUGGAGGGUCGGUGGGCAUAGCUGAGGCCAACGAGGCACAUGACACUUCCAUACCGGUACACACACACACACGUACGAGGAGCCAUGGCAUAUGUGUGUGUGUGCUGUGUGUUCGUGCUGUGCGGUAUGCCAUCAGGUGGGUGUCGGUGACGCACCAAAUUCGGUAAGCAAAUGGCGACGGCGACCCAAGGCUGUAUGCCGACAGCCAUGGGUCCUCUCUCCCUGCGUAUGUCUGUGUGUGCAGGUAUGUGUGUCGGAGGUCAAGCGGGCCCGAUUGGAGGGUCACUCAGGCCAUCACGCUGCUGCUGCUGCAGCGAGUCGCGGUAGGUGGCGACACAGCACAUGAACCACAUCCAUACCAAUCAGACGCACCCCAAUGCCCUCUCUGCCUGUCUGUGUGUGUGUGUGUGUUGUGCAGGCGGUCAGUCUGGCGGCCCUCAGCAAGAUGGGCAAACCCAAGACCAACAGCAGCAACAGCAGCAGGUCAACCAGAUGAACACACGUGGGCGUGACGCCCAUUGACGCCCUCAGACUCUCUCUCUCUCUCUCUGUGUGUGUGUGUGUGUGUGUCAGGUUGUGUGUGGGCCGUGUCUGUGUAGCCUUGAGGGCCCGUUGCUGUGCGAGAUGGCCUCGUUCCUCACCACCAUUGAGGCCACCGUCCUCUGUCGUCUCAGUAAGGACAUCAGGAGCAAGGCCGACUACACCGGCAACACACACACCACCGAGGGCAAGACCGACGACACGCCAUUCGGCGUAUACCGCAACCUCACGAUCGCAAAGGACGAGUGCCGCACUUGGCAACGGCUUGACAGGGCACCAUGCUCACGUCUGAGGGAAAAACUGGUGAGGGCGUCUUGUCGUGCGGCAAAGCCAGAGUGCGGAUGGUGGAUCCGUCUUUCUGCCUGCCUGUCCGGUCACUCAGGGCCACGUCACGACCGCUUGCAUCCAAGACAGGAAGGAUGCCUACUUCUGCAACUACCACUACACACUCUCCUUUGUGACGACUUGCCUCGAGGCCUCCAGGGCAUCCCUCAAACACAUCUACACCACGGGUUUCAUCGACCGUGAAGACGCCCCGGUGCCCCUACGACCCCCAGUGGCCUUCGACAAGCUCGAGACGCUGCACGUCACGUCUUCGUCAUGGAACAGCUUCUUCCGGUGAGUGAAGUGGCAGUACAAGGCAGGUGUCCUGGUGUCAUACUGUUUCCCCACCCCUGGUGCUGUGGGUUUCAGGGAGUCCAACUGGACGUUCCCGAGUCUCGUCGAUUUGCGGGUCAGCACAGGGUAGCGGAGCGAGCUUCCCGACGUCACCCACAUCGUGCGCUCGGCCCCCCAGCUGCGCACACUCACAACGGCUGACAGCUGGCACACGAUCGACGGCGAGUGGUGUGAGUUCGCCAGUGCCCUGGGGCAGUGCCCUUACCUGACGACUAUCCGCGGGCUGGGCAUCGGGGGCAACAGCUGCAGCCACCUGACUCAUUUGCAGAAGGCCCUCGACACCCACUGGGGCAAAGAGCAGAACAGAUGUAAGCACGGGGGCUCAGAGGGGAAGGCAUCACACGUGUUGCUCUGCUCUCCGUUACGGUACAUGUUGUCUGCCUCCCUGUCCUGUAGGCAUUACGAAGACCAUCGAGUUUGUGUACGGGAGCCCCACCAUCAGCACCAGCUUCGGCGACGAGACCCACCCCCUCCACGACUUCCUCACAUGGGCGGGGCGAGUUGGUGUGGCCAUCGAGUGGCGGCUGGGCAAGGACUUCUUCCUGGAGUGCAACAAGGGUGCAUCGAGCUCGGUCGGCCCUCCUGCUGUGCGUGGCCCCGUGGCAGGCGUGGUCAAGGACGCGGCGUCCGAGGCAGCGAUGGUAAGUCGGAGGAAGCGAGUGACAGUAGCGCUCUUCCACCCUUCAUCUAUCUAUCGUGUUGUGCACACCAUGGCUGCCUGUGUGCCUCAGGUGCACUUGUAUUUGGGUGGUACCCCUCUCCACCGCUCGUGGAAGGACCUGCUGACAUUCCCCGAUGCAGGCAUCCUCCUCGUGGACGAGGGCGAUUCGUCGUCGACGAUUGAGAGCAUCCCCACAUGGCUGCUGGAGGUCGAUGACAACGGCAACAACGUGCGCUUCCCCAAGAUAGACUACCUCGAUGCCCUGCUGGGGUUUGUGGCCGAUGGCGAUGCCCCACCUGAGGAGGCGUGGCAUUUGCCGGCCGCCCCCAACUCACUCACUACACUGCUAGGCAGCCUGCGGGGAGUCAGAUUAGUCGAGUUCACCACGUCUAGUUUGUCUACUGUGUGUGAGUGCCUGUCGCACAUGAGCACCGACAAACUGGACGUGUUGGAGGUCUGUGUGGGCUCGCAUCUGACUGCACUGCCUGACCCCAUCCCCCACUACACACUGCCGGCUGUGCACCGCCUUGUCGUCCCGAUACGGUGCGGCAUGUGGGCCGCAGUGAGCAAGGCAGCUGCGUUGUCGUGUAUGCGAUUGGCCUUACUCACUCACGCACACGAGGCAGAGUUUGAGUUUUAUGUAGCGUCAGACCAGUUUGACUUCCACCGGGACUAUGGGGAGCUAGAGGGAGGGGAUGAGGCGGAGGAUGAUGAGGAUGAGGAUGAGGAUGCUGCGUGGGAGAGAGAGAGGGAGCUGUGUCAGGCCAUGGAGGAGCAUGGCAAGGGCUGCAUGCGCGCCUUGGCCACUGAGUGCUAUGAGGUAGUCAAGGGAGGAUACCAGCUGACAGACGUAGACGUCGGCUGUCACGUGGAGCACAACGAGACCACGAUGCAGCUGAUGUCCUAUGGCCAUUUGCAGCUGAAGGUGUUAGCUAAGGGGGCCAUAGCCGGGGGAGAGGACAGAGGGGUCAUGACCGACUGACACACUGACUCUGCUGACUUGUACAGACUCACUCUUGUGGAUGUGGCUGCCUGUGGAUGAGUAGCGGUACAUCGUUUUGAUGCAUGAGUGCCUGCGAUGUCCUCGCGCAGUGGAUGAGUCUCAGUGGUUGCUCGGUUGCUGAUGAAGGGACUCUGUCACACUCGUGUGCACUUGACUGUUUGUUGAAGAUAUAAACAAAGAGUUCAGU